CACUCCCAGACCAUCUUGCCGGAUCCAGGCAAAAGUCCCCGAACGAUCUUCUAAUCAAAACAUUCUCGUUAUACACUCUGCAUUGCAGCAAAGCAGAAAAGCUCGAUUUACAUGGCGAAGCAAUACACGGCGGCGGCGCCAGCAGCGCCGCUGUCACGAUUCGGGGUGCUGGUUGCGCAACUCGAAUCUAUAGUGGCAUCUGCCGUUCACAAAUCACCGCAGCCACUUCUUUGCUUCGAUCUCCUCUCCGAUCUCAUCAACGCCAUCGACGAGGACACUAAGGAGAAUAUUUUGUUGUGGCAAAGAAGAUGUGAGGAUGCUUUGUAUUCCCUGCUUGUUUUUGGUGCACGACGGCCGGUGCGUCACUUGGCAUCGGUAGCGAUGGCAAAGGUCAUAUCUAAGGGAGAUUCAAUAUCAAUUUACUCCAGAGCAAGCAGCCUUCAGGGCUUCCUUUCAGAUGGGAAGAGGAAUGAACCUCAGAAAAUUGCUGGUGCUUCACAAUGCUUGGGAGAAUUGUAUAAGUACUUUGGCAGAAGAAUCACUUCAGGUUUACUCGAAACAACUAUCAUAGCAACUAAACUUAUGAAGUUCAACGAGGAGUUUGUUAGACAAGAAGCAUUAUAUAUGCUUCGGAAUGCCUUAGAAGGCUCUGGUGGUAGUGCUGCUUCAACAGCAUAUUCAGAGGCAUUUCGUCUCAUAAUGAGAUCUGCCACUGGGGAUAAGUCAUUUGCUGUGAGAAUAGCUGCGGCAAGAUGUUUGAAGGCAUUUGCUAGCAUUGGAGGUCCAGGCUUAGGUGUAACAGAACUCGACAAUUCAGCCUCUUACUGUGUCAAGGCACUUGAAGAUCCUAUAUCAUCUGUCCGGGAUGCCUUUGCUGAAACUUUGGGUUCCUUGCUUGCUCUUGGAAUGAAUCCUGAAGCACAGGUUCAACCAAAGGGAAAGGGUCCUUUACAUCAAGCAAAAAAACUAGAAGGUGGAUUGCAGAAGCAUUUGAUUUUGGUCUUUACAAAAGUUAGUGGAGUGAAGUCUAGGAAUGUUCGGGUUGGGUUAACAUUAGCAUGGGUAUACUUCUUACAGGUCAUUCGCAUAAAGUAUCUGCUUCCUGACAGUGAGCUCCAAAAUUUUGCACUGCAAGUUAUGGAAAUGCUCCGUGCUGAAACUUCUGUUGAUGCCCAUGCCUUGGCAUGUGUUCUUUAUGUGCUUCGUGUUGCUGUAACUGAUCAAAUGACUGAACCUACUCAAAGGAGCUUUUUGGUUUUUUUGGGAAAGCAGCUCCAGUCACCCGAGGCAGGUCCUUCCAUGAAAGUGGCAGCCUUGCGUACACUGUCUUAUACUCUAAAGACAGUGGGAGAGGUUCCAUUUGAAUUUAAGGAAAUUCUUGACAACACUGUAGUUGCAGCUGUGUCACAUUCUUCAAAACUAGUUCGAAUUGAGGCUGCUUUGGCUUUACGUACAUUGGCUGAAGUCGAUCCCACUUGUGUUGGUGGUUUAACUUCAUAUGGGGUGACCAAUCUUACUGCUUUAAGAGAGAGCGUUUCUUUUGAAAAGGGAAGCAAUUUGCAGUUUGAGCUCGAUUCUUUCCAUGGGCAGGCUGCUGUCUUGGCAGCUUUAGUCUCUAUUUCACCAAAAUUACCUCUUGGUUAUCCAGCCAGGCUUCCUGGAUUAGUGUUUGGGGUUUCAAAGAAAAUGCUUACAGAACAAAGUCGCAACUCGGUGGCAGCCACAGUUGAAAAAGAAGCUGGAUGGUUGCUUUUAUCUUCAUUAUUGGCUUCUAUACCAAAGGAGGAGCUUGAAGAGGAUGUUUUUGAUAUUCUUGCCUUAUGGGCUACUCUGUUUUCCGAGAGUCCAGAAAAUGAAAUUAAGAAAACUGUUGAUUUAUUGUCAAGGAUUUACGUAUGGUCUGCAGCUAUUCAUGCACUCACUGCAUUCAUUAAAUGCUUCAUAUCUCCUAAUUCUGUAAACGGUGGCGUUCUACUUCAACCGGUUCUUGUAUACCUUAGUAGUGCAUUGUCGAUGAUAUCAGCAUUAAGAGCCAAGGAAGUGUCAUAUGCAAAACCUGCAGUGGACGUAUUUGUUAUCAGAACUUUAAUAGCAUACCAAUCUCUUCCUGAUCCUGUCUCAUUUAAAAAUGACCAUCCUCAGAUAAUCCAACUAUGUACAUAUCCGUUCAGACAUGCUUCAGAAUAUGAAGAAAGUUCGUGCUUGAGGUUGCUCUUAGACAAGAGAGAUGCAUGGUUGGGUCCAUGGAUUCCUGGAAGGGAUUGGUUUGAAGAUGAGCUUCGAGCUUUCCAAGGAGGGAAAGAUGGCCUUAUGCCCUGUGUAUGGGAGGAUGAAAUUUCUAGCUUUCCUCAGCCGGAGACCAUAAGCAAGACUUUGGUGAACCAGAUGCUUCUGUUUUUUGGGACCAUAUUUGCGUCUCAGGAUAGUGCUGGCAUGCUCUCUCUUCUGGGCAUUAUUGAGCAGUGUUUGAAAACUGGGAAAAAGCAACAUUGGCGCAAAGCUAGUCUUACCAAUAUUUGUGUGGGCUUACUUGCCGGCUUUAAGGCUUUGCUCUUGUUUCGACAGCAAACAUUAGGACAAGAUAUUUUGGGUUUGGCACAAUCUAUUUUUCUGGGUAUUUUGGCGGAGGGAGACAUUUGUGCAUCACAACGCCGAGCAUCAUCUGAAAGUCUUGGAUAUUUAGCUCGAUUUGGAAAUGAUAUCUUCACUGCGAGAAUGACCAGAUCACUACUAGGUGAGCUAAAUGGAGCAACUGAUCCCAACUAUGCCGGAUCAAUUGCUUUGGCACUUGGCUGCAUCCAUCGCAGUGCAGGAGGGAUUGCUUUGUCAACUCUAGUGCCUGCAACAGUGAGCUCUAUAUCCUCACUGGCUAAAAGUUCGGUAGCUAAUCUGCAGAUUUGGUCUAUGCAUGGUCUUCUUUUAACUAUUGAAGCUGCUGGCUUGUCCUUUGUCUCUCAUGUCCAGGCGACACUUUCUCUUGCUAUGGACAUUCUUUUAUCUGACGAUAAUGGGUUAGUAGACAUUCAGCAGGGAGUUGGCCGUCUUAUAAAUGCUAUAGUUACUGUUCUUGGCCCCGAGCUUGUCCCAGGAAGCAUUUUUUUCUCCCGCUCCAAGUCUGCCAUUGCCGAGAUUAGCAGCUGGCAAGAAACUUCAACUAUGCUUGAGAGUGCUCGCUUCACACAACAGCUUGUUCUUUUUGCACCUCAAGCUGUUUCUGUACACUCCCAUGUGCAGACUCUUCUGUCUACUUUGUCAUCAAGACAGCCAACUUUGCGGCAUCUUGCUGUGUCUACUCUAAGGCAUCUAAUUGAGAAAGAUCCGGCUUCCAUUAUUGUUGAGCAGAUUGAAGAUAACCUGUUCUUUAUGCUUGAUGAGGAAACUGAUUCGGAAAUUGGAAACUUGGUGCGGACAACAAUUAUGCGAUUACUCUGUGCAGCUUGUCCUUCAUGUCCUUCACAUUGGAUAUCAGUAUGUCGCAAAGUGGUCCUUGCAACAUCAAUGAGGAACACAGAAAAUAACAAUGUUGGGGCAAGUGAUAACCUAGACGGUGAUUCGGGUUUGAACCUUGGAGAUGAUGAAAAUAUGGUUGCUGGAUCCAACAACACACAGAGUGACAAGUUUCAAGCAUCCAUUGGUGCUACUAAUAGGGAGAAGUACCUCAGAUAUAAGACCAGACUUUUUGCUGCAGAAUGCUUAAGCCAUCUACCAGAUGCUGUUGGAAGAUAUCCUGCACAUUUUGAUCUAACCAUGGCAAGGAAAGAACAUGCAAGUGGGAAACCUACUAGUGAUUGGUUGGUUCUCCACUUGCAAGAGUUAAUAUCACUUGCUUAUCAGAUUAGCACAAUUCAAUUUGAGAACAUGCAGCCCGUAGGCGUCAGUCUUCUUGGCACUAUUGUGGACAAGUUUGAAAAAUCAGCUGACCCGGAGCUUCCUGGGCAUCUUCUACUGGAACAGUAUCAGGCCCAGCUAGUAUCUGCAGUUCGUACUACCUUGGACACAUCUUCUAGUCCUAGCUUAUUGGAGGCAGGCUUGCACUUGGCUACUAAGAUACUAACAAGUGGAAUCAUCAGUGGAGAUCAAGUGGUGGUCAAGCGCAUAUUCUCGUUAAUUUCUCGACCAUUGAAUGACUUUGAGGACAUUUACUAUCCUUCAUUUGCAGAAUGGGUCACAAGCAAGAUCAAAAUAAGACUUCUGGCGGCUCAUGCUUCUCUUAAGUGUUAUAUAUAUGCAUCCAUGAGGAAGGAGCAGGAUGGAGUUCCGGACAAGUACCUGGCACUAUUACCAUUGUUCCAAAAAAGCUCAAGUAUUCUGGGAAAGUACUGGAUCCAUACAUUGAAAGAUUAUAGUUAUAUAUGCUUAUGCCUAAGCCCAAAGAGGAAGUGGAAUCUGUUCCUUGAUGGACUGCAAUCACCUAUUGUAUCUUCAAAGUUGCGUCCAUGCUUAGAUGAAUCUUGGCCUGUAAUUUUGCAAGCACUUGCACUUGAUGCAGUACCUGUGGAUUCUGAAGGAAACGAAGCCUCAGUUGAAAGCACCAUAAAACAUAGUGCCACUGCACAUCCAUAUAGCAUGGUUCAAUUGAAGUGUGAAGAUUUUAAGUUCAUGUGGGGCUUUUCUCUUCUUGGCCUGUUUCAGUCACAACACCCCAUCCUUUGCCAACCAAUUUUACAGCACACUUUUCUCAGUGCUAAGCACAGUGGUAACUUGUCAAGUAAUGAUGUGAAAUCCUCAGGCUUGAAAUUAUAUGAAAUUGUACUUCCUAUGUUUCAAUUUCUUCUGACUGAAAGAUUUUUCGGAGCUGGGUUACUUACAGUGGAUAUUUGCAAAGAACUGUUGCAGAUUCUUCAAUAUUCCACUUACAUGGAUAAUUCUUGGCACAGUCUUGCGAUAUCCAUUUUAUCACAGGUUGCACAGAAUUGUCCACAAGAAAUUUUCAAUAGUGAAAAUUUGGCCUUGAUAACUGUGGAACUUUGUUUAGACUACCUUUUUAAAGUGUUUCGGAGUGCUGACACAACUUCAGCAACUCAUCCAAAUUCUGAAGUAAAUGUGAUACAAACUCUAUGUAGCACAACAAAGGCAGUCAUCAACCGUAUGGAGACCAAGAUGCAUAAGAAUCCCAAAUCAGUGGUUUUGGCGUUAGUUUUAAUUGGCUACAAGUGCGUAAGGGAGGCUUCAACUGAGGUGUGCUUAUCGGAAGCCAUUGACAUGGUCAACUGUACAAUUCCUUUAUUAAAGAGAAUCAUUGAUGAUGAGGCUGACCCUCAUGAUAGCUUUAUCCCUCUAAGAGAUAUGUAUGGAACUUGUCUGAGCGUCGUCGCUGCUCUGACUAAGGAUUGCAUUGAGGAAUGCCAUUUGCUGGUUAAAAGUUUCAACCAACGCAAGCUAAUACAUACAAAACUUUCAUUUUCUUUAGACCAAAUUAUAUCCAUUUCAAAACUAGCUCUUGAAAGUAAAUAUGCCGAAGAUUGUGAAGCAAGGAACUCCAUCUGUGUUGGUGCACUGCAAUAUUGUAUUAGAUGUAUCCAAACUUUACUUAGUGAUUCAAAUAUGCAGGUUCAAGCAAUAGGAUUGCAAUUUCUGAAAUCCAGGAUUCAAAGAGUUAAUACAGAAGAUAACUCUUUUAUGAUGUUUAUUGUUGGGGAGCUAAUUACUGAUAUUUUCACUUUAAUCCACAAACUGUUUAAGAAUACUAUAACAAGAGAAUCAGUAUCCAUUGCUAGUGAAUGCCUGAGUCUCCUGGUACUAUUACAAACCCUGUCAAAAGGUAAUGACUGUCAGAGAAGUUUUAUGAACCUACUUCUGGAGGCAAUUGUCACGAUUUUCUUGUCAACCGAAGCUGGGUUCUCUCAGGAAGUCAGAGAUUUAAGAAGCACAGCUGUUAAGCUUGUUUCUCGCCUUGCUCAAAUUCCUUCAUCAGCCGUCCAUUUCAAGGAUGUUUUACUAUCAAUGCCUCCUCUUCACCGCCAGCAACUUCAGGGUGUAAUCCGAGCUUCUGUAGCGCAUGAUAAAAAUCCAAUAGAAGCAAAAGUACCAGUUUUGGACAUAAAAGCGCCGAAGCCAUCAGAAGAAAGUAAAGUGAAACAUUAUGUACCAUCUCCACCAGCUGUUGUGAUGCAGACUGAUGAAAAUGACGAGGAAGAAGAUGAAGUCAGUGAAGAUGAUUGGGAUGCAUUUCAGUCGUUUCCUGUCUCUAAUAGUAAGGAUGAAGAAGAUGAUUCAGAAACAGAGGAAUCCGCGGAAGGCAAAGGCCCGGUUAAAAUAUCAUCUGAAAGUUCUAUUGGAGGUGAUAAGUUUCAAGAAUGUUCUAUUUCGAAAUCCAUCAGUAGUGAAAAGGAGCUGAAAGGCGAUGAAUGUGUGGCGGUUGACGAAGAGGAAUAUCAUGGAACGUGUCCCGGUACUAACAAGCCUCCUGAUAAUAAGAAUCAGGAGAUGGAGAGCAAAUUAGAAAAAUCGGUGCUUCAAGAAGAGCGAACAUCAUUACCAGGAAAUGAACUGGUUUCUUCUGAUCAAAAGCUUGAGGUAGGAGUAGAGAUGGAGGAAAAAUUGCAAGACUCGAGGCUUCAGCACGAGGGAACAUCAAUCACAGAAAAUGGACUAGUUUCUGGUGAUCACAAGUCUGAGGUAGAAGCUGAGAUGGAGAAAAAAUUGCAGAACUCAGGGAUUCAAGAAGAGUCGACAUCAAUCCCAGGUAAUCAACUAGGUUCUGGUGAUCACGAGCUUGAGGUAGAUGCUGGGAAGGAGGAAACUUUUCAAAACUCGAGGCUCCAGGAAGAGGGGACAUCAAUCCCAGGAAAUGAACUAGUUUUUUCUGAUCAGAACCCUGAGGUAGAAGUAGAAGCUGAGGAGGAAAAACUGCAAAAUUCAGGGGUUGAAGAAGAGGGGCCUGCAAUCCCCGAAAAUGAACUAAAUUCUUGUGAUCAGAAGCCUGAGGUAGAAGUCGAAGGAUCAGUGGAAGACGAAGUAACCUCAGAUUCUCUAACACGUCAACAGGAAGUUCUUGAACCAGGUCACGGUGAUGAUGCUGAGAAAAACAGUGAUGAUGAGAACCAGAGUAGUCAACCACAGACAGAGAUGUCUGAAAGUCCAGUAGAUAGUGUACAUAAUAGUAAUACAAAAUUAGAACCAUUUGCUGAAGUCCAUAAAGAGUGAUUAAAUUAGAGCGAGCAUAACAUUCAUCGAUUCUUACUCCCUGGCAUGACACUGCGGCAAAAUAUCUAAAUUUGAAGCAUUGUAAGAAUGUAUGGUCCAGUAAAGCUAUAUUUUUAUUUUUUUAUUUUUGCAUUUUCAAUCUAUAUUGCUAAUUAUAUGUGGCAUAUAUGUUUUUUUAUCA